AUGCGCGGACUGGACCAACUGUCUGCGUUCACUUUGCAGUUUCUCUCAUCAUUUCAGGUUCACUCAGCUCCUGAAGUCCGGCUUCCUGGUUCUACAUUCAUUGGAAAGGAAAUCCUUUUCGAUGGAGCUCAUCAAGAGUUCUUUGGGGGCAUACCAUACGCAGAGCCACCAGUCGGCCCAUUGCGACUGAAAGCUCCGGUUGCGAAGACGGAUAUCCAAGCUAAACAUAAUAUCAUUGACGCAAGUGAAUACGGAUACUCGUGCAUACAACCUCACAUGGUAUCUGAAGACUGCCUGACUGUUAACAUUCUUCGUCCUGCGGUUCUUCCCGAGAACGCUUCGUUACCAGUGAUGUUCUGGACGUACGGUGGCGGCUUCAGCGCAGGAACGUCAUCCUUCUAUAACGGCAGUGCUAUUGUCGCCAGAAGUAUCGCCAGAGGCACGCCUAUCAUCUAUGUAGACUUCAACUACCGCCUUGGACCUUUAGGUUUCCCGCAAGGAAGCGAGGCUGCUUCAAGAAGAUAUCUGAAUCUCGGAAUGAAGGAUCAGAUGAUGGCGCUGGAAUGGAUCAACAAAAAUAUUAUGCAUUUCGGUGGGGACAACAAAAAGGUGACCAUCUUUGGGCAGAGCGCGGGAGGAGUUAUGAUAUCUGUCCUUCUCUUGCAACCACACAUCUCAAACCUGGCAGCUGGUGCGAUUAUUCAAUCAGGAGCGGCGGCAGCUCUUCCCUUCUUCCCCGCGGAGCGUAACGAACAGGUUUGGAAUACCUUUGUCUCGUUCGUUCCAGGAUGCAGCUCCUGGGUCGGGACCUCGUUCUCAGUGAAUUGUCUACGUAAAGCUAAUUCGUCCGCCAUUAUGGAAGGCAUGCGGGAAUUAUACAAAGAUCCUAGAGCAAGCAAUGAGCUCUGGUUCUCUCCGAAUGUCGACGGCGAAGGGGGACUGGUUCCCGAUCUCCCGAGCCGACUUCUCGACAAUAUUCGACUCCCCUUUAUCGCUGGCACUGAUUUAGACGAAGGCAAGUGCUAUGCAACAAUGAACAGACACGCAAUAACUUAUAUUUCAGGGACUAUAUUCGUUCCUUCCGAUCGUGAUCUUUCCGAGGAUGGAAUCAAGGAUAUUAUCAAUGAAUUUUAUGGGCCGCCUAUGAUACCCUCUGCCGUUAUGGAUGAUUUGAUGAUGCUUUAUCCUGACGACCCUGCUCUAGGAUCACCAUAUGGGACCGGGAACGAUACGUUUGGCUUUUCAUCUGGCUACAAAAGGAUGGCCGCCAUGAAUGGCGACCUGAUGUUUGAUAGUCAACGGCGCAUGAUCUUGCAGCACGCGGCGAAUAACCGUGUUAAGACAUUCGGGUAUCUGUUUUCUUGUGGUUUGCCUACCUUUUCACCUCAGUCCGGAGUGCUGCAUUCUGCAGAGAUUUCUUUCGUAUUUGGCGGGUUAGGAAUUUGGGAGGAUCGUAUGAAAGGAGCUUCGGCUGCCCAAUGGAAACUGAGUGAAACCAUGCUUGAUUAUUGGAUCUCAUUUGCGACAUCUUUGGAUCCCAACGAUGGGUUGGGUCAUGCUCGUCCAAUCUGGCCGCAGUAUUUGCCAACCAGCGAGGUUUUAUUACAGUUUGAGUGCAACAAUACGACUGUUGUCGCAGAUGAUUAUCGGCGGGAGCAAAUCGAUUAUAUCAAUUCUAAGGCUCAUGUAUUCCAUCACUGA